UCUUUGCUCUUUGAGGAGUCAUUAGAGUUUUUCAGCCAGCAAAACAAUUUUCUUUUCUUUUCUUUUUUCAAUUCUACUACAGUUACAAUCUUUACAGUUAGAUUAAUCAACGCUCGUUCAGUUACGUACAGUCAACUCAACUGUUUGCUACAGCUUUUGCAUGGGGUUGGGGAAUAACUUGUCUCAUGUAUGUGCUGGAACAUGAAGUUUUCAUGACUAGAAGGAGCCAUUUUUUUCAUGUAUGUAUAUAAAACUAUUAACUCUGACUACAAAUGCAGGAAAAGUGCACUUUCCAUUGAAAAUAUCUGCUGCAAUCCUUACCGCAGCCGUAGGAUCGACGCUACUUUUUUGCAUGAUUGUCUGGCAUUUACUACGAGGAAGAAGAAUGGUUCUAAGAGGGGAGAGUGAAAGUUGUAUAGAAGAAGAUCCGAUUGUUAGGAGGCAAAUUUCUGAACUCCACUCCCUGCAAUUUGAUCUGCAAACAAUAGAAGUUGCCACAAAUAAUUUCUCAAACGACAAGAAGUUAGGGGAAGGUGGAUUUGGUCCAGUUUACAAGGGUACACUACCCAGUGGUCAAGAAAUUGCAGCAAAGAGGCUAUCUAGGAGCUCUGGACAAGGAGUCGAAGAAUUUAAGACCGAGGUUGAAUUAGUAGCCAAGCUUCAACACAGAAACCUAGUGAGGCUAUUGGGAUUCUCCAUGGAAAGAGAUGAAACGAUACUAGUCUAUGAAUACGUGCCCAACGGGAGCCUCGACAACUUGUUAUUUGAUCCCGAGCUCAGUGGACGCCUAGAUUGGUCAACACGGUACAAGGUCAUGGUAGGGGUGGCGCGCGGACUGCUAUACCUUCAUGAAGAUUCUCGGCUUCGAAUUAUUCAUCGCGAUCUCAAAGCCAGCAACAUUCUGCUAGAUGUUGACAUGAACCCAAAAAUCUCAGAUUUUGGUAUGGCCCGGAUCUUCAGUGCCAAUCAAACUGAGGCAAGCACAAAUAGGAUUGUUGGAACAUAUGGUUACAUGUCUCCUGAGUAUCUGAUGUUUGGACACUUCUCAGUAAAAUCUGACGUCUUCAGCUAUGGUGUGCUAAUGUUAGAGAUUAUUACUGGCAAAAAGAACAGCCAAUUCUUAGCAUUGGACUGUGAUGGGGGCCUGUUAGGCCAUGUCUGGAAGCAUUGGACCAGCAGAUCGCCAUCUGAAGUAGUGGACCCAGCUUUAAGCAAUGCUUACUCCGUCAACGAAGUGAUCAGAUGCAUGCACAUUGGCCUGUUGUGCGUGCAAGACGACACAGAGGACCGACCUACCAUGGAUUCGGUCGUUCUCAUGUUAAACAGUGAGUCUAUUAGCAUUCCAAUGCCUCAGAGACCUUCAUUCUUCUUCCCAAAUAAGAAGUACAAGCCGGCACCUUGUGUUCUGAACUUAGAUCAAUCUACUGGCAAAGCAGACCAAUCUAGUAGCAAGAUAACGCCGCCGUGGUCUCCAACCGACACUGGUGCCAGUCUAUCUUCGAAGACGUAGGUGUGCAUUGACAUGGUCUAUAGACAGAUUCCCCUGUCGACACGUUCAAGAUCGUUUUAGAAGAUAAGAUCGGCCCUCGAACCGGUUCAUAGUUUAAAAUCAAGACAUACGCUUUGCUGAAUUUCCAAUGAAUUAUCUGUAGACCCUGUUUGAUCUCGGUCGUUAGCGUUUUCCUGUUUGUGUUUACAUGUCCCUUGGACAGAGGCGAGUCCAUGCUAAGCUCGAACUCAUGAUGAAUGG